ACUACACAAAAAGACUAUCCACAUGUUCCAAGGGCGAAAUUUCAACGAAGCCACAACAACCACGUUUUGAAGCUUUCAUCGAAAUUUCCCAAAUCUCUUACGAGUACUAGUUCUUAGCAAAUCCCUAACAUAUCUGUGGAGAAUUUUGGUUCUGCUUGCUGUAAUAGGUAUCUUGGCGUAAAGAUCUAAAAUUUGGUAAAUAACAGUGAAAUGAGUCGUCCUCAGGAACCACAUCGCCCUUUCUUCCCUUUUGCAAAUCCUUUCCGAAUGAUAUCACCCAAGGGUUCUCAGUUGUCUCCAAGACUUCUUUCUUUGUUGAACACGUUUGAGGCCGCCUUGUUAGAGAGGCUGCAAAAACUUGUGCCAAAAGACAAGGAUGACAUCCUUAGCUUGUCAUGGAUGAAACUAGCUAUGGAGUCACUUUCUGAGAUUCACUGUGACAUAAAAAACCUGAUAACUGAGCUUGAGCUUCCUGUGACUGAUUGGGAUGAGAAAUGGAUAGAUGUGUACCUGGACAUCAGCGUGAAGUUGCUUGAUAUUAGUAUUGCUUACACCUCCGAGCUUACACGGCUCAACCAAGGCCAUCUGUUACUUCAGUGUGUUUUGCAUAGGUUGGAGUCCAACACCCCAGAGCAGUUCAUGCGGGCCUGUUCCUCACUUGAUAGCUGGAGACAGCAUAUUGGCUCAAAAAAUCCCAGAGUUGAAACUUGUCGCCCAAUCCUGGACAAUCUAGUGGAAUCAUUGAACUUGCCUAAGGUUAAGAACUCUGCAAAAGGAAAGGUGUUGAUGCGCGCAAUGUAUGGAGCUAAGGUGGCGACUGUAUAUAUCUGUAGUGUCUUUUCUGCAGCUUUCUCUGGUUCUGCCAAGAAUUUAUUAGAUUUACCUGUUCCUGAUACACUACCAUGGGCACAAGUUUUUUCAAAUGUGCAAACUACCGUGAAUGCAGAAAUUAGAAAUAUAUUUUCUUGUGAAAAAUUUACAGUUCUAAGAGAACUGGAUGCUGUUGAUGCACUUGUCAAGAAAUUGUAUCCUUUGCUCCAAGAUGGGUUGGGUCCUAUUGAAGAGGAAACGUUUAAGAAUUCUGUUUCAGAUUUGAGAAAAUCAGCAGAGAAACUUUCGCAAGGGCUAGAUAAUCUUUCAAAGGUAGUAGAUGGCUUUUUCAAAAUAGUUUUGGGUGGGCGUGAUGCUUUGCUUUGUAAUCUAAGAGCAGGUGGUACUGUCCCAAAUUCAAUGCUAGGAAGAAAUGUAGGAGAGCAAGUUGUGCGGUGAAUCAUGAAUGUGAUGAAGCUAAACCCUUCUGUGUGCAGAUGGUUUAGGUAUCAGACCACCUGUUUUCCGACUAGCAGACAUAUAUCACCUUGUUUGGGUUAUGGCAGUACAUGUGGUGUGAGUUGUAAGGUGUGUUACGAUACUAGUUUACAUCAUUGUACAUGUAUUUGUACCAUGCUAUGGCAAAAAUUAUAUAUAAAAGCUUAUAUUUGUUUGCAAAUGUU